AUGACUCCAAGUUUUUCGCAAUCAUCGGAGCUUUCCUUUUCAUCAUCAUCUCAAGAGAAUGGUUCAUCAUCAUCACCAACACCACUCGAUUCGUCGUCAUCAUCAAUGACCACACUCAUCACCUCAAUUGAACAACAAUUAUCGAAAUUAACGAUCCGUCGUGAUGACGAUUAUCACGACGUCGAACGACAACAACAAGAAGAAGAAAUUAUUGUUGAGCUCUCUCAGCAACAACAAGUCUUUUCACGAUUUGAAGGAAUUUCUCCCAACGUGAAAUGGAAAGCCAUUUAUCACGAGCAAGUACUUGAAGAAUUUCCAGCACGAUAUUGUCCACUUGAAUAUCUUGAUGAGGCGACUCCUGUGAGUGAAGAUAAUUCUCAUCUUGUUCCUCAACGUUCCCAAAGAUGGCGUGAAUUGAGACAAAAUCGAUUGACAGCCUCGAAUAUUAGCCGUGCGUUGGGAUUUUUCAAUCCAAAAGCUUCAAAGAAACUCAAACUUUCCUUUUCCCAAAAUGCACACGAACAAACAACAAGAGAAAUGUAUAAAUCGUUAUUGAGUCGAGAAGAAUUGAAAACAGUUUUCAAGAUGAGUGAAGAAGAAAUUGAAAAGCUAAAAAAUCCAAUAGUGAAUGAGGAGUCGUAUGAUGAGAUUGUGAAGAGGGUUUUUACCGAAUGGGGCAGCUUGCAUGAAUUGAAUUGUGUAAGCACACUGUUGGAGAGUGACUUGUUCGAUCAAGAUGUAACAUUUUGUGAAGCCGGAUUUUAUGUCAUUACAGAAAAGAAACUCUCGAAAGUUUUUACCAAGCAAGAAUUGGAAGAAUAUCAAUUAAGUUUUGAAAAGAUUCCUCCAUUGGGCGCUUCUCCGGAUGGCCUUCUAAAGAAAUUGAAUCGUACUAACGGUACCAAGAUUCAUCAAGUUCUCGAGAAUGGGAAAUCAGAUCAUCCAUAUUCUACAGAAGAAGAAGAAGAUGAAUUCUUUUCGUGUGUCGAAAUCAAAUGUCCUACUUGCUUUGUUCCAAAAUAUGUGAAAAAAGGAGCACUCAUUCCCUCAAGACCAACUUUUAGUUAUAUUUGCAAGAAACCUCAUGAUACUAUUCCUGUAUAUUACUUGACUCAGAUGUACACACAAAUGAUUGCUACCAACACUCGGCAGUGCUAUUUCUGCAGCUGGACUGCUACUAAGGGUUGUCAUGUAUUUAAGGUUGAGUUCGAUAGAAAGUAUGCCCUCGAAAUGUUAUAUUGGCUAAGCAAGUAUUAUCAAGUUGUGAAAUACAAUGGAGUAGACAUUGCUGACGAUUACUUUAUUACUUCUGAGAGAUACUUGAAAUUCUUGGAAUGGAGUCUAAAAAUUGUGAAUAAUAUUCCUGUAGAGAAGGAAAUUCCAAAGAGUAGGGUUUAUGAUGGCCAAGAUUCAGAACGGAAAAAUUUGUUCAACUAG